AAAUGUGGGUCAGCCCAAGCCAAACGAUAUGGGCCUUGCUUGGCUCUGUGGCCCAUUUUCCGACCUCGAUUGCGGAACCAAAAACCUUGGGACGACGUCGACGAGUGUCGAAACCCAAAAACCCUGCCCUGAACUCGAUCUCUCUCUCCGUAAACAAUAGUUCGUUGUUAGAAGCUUUCUCUGCACUGCGAAUCAAGGAAUUUCGACCACGGAGCGAAGAAAUGGGACGGGCAGCUCUUCUCCACUUGAUCCGAUCUCCAACCAGAUGCAUAUCUUCUGCCACCAACCGCUUACCUUCAGGUUGUCAACCCUAUAGGACCAUCACAUGGUUGCACCAUCCAAAUGCUAGACCCAGCUUCACUCCUGCUUUCUCGGCGCAGAAAAGGUGGGCAUCUCAAGCUGCUGCUGCCGAAGAAGAUGAUAACAGGAUCUCCAUUGGUCCACGCAAGGAUAAAUCACCUGAAGAAGACAAAGAUGAUGAAGACGAGACCGGGAUUGUUUAUCGAGGUCCCAUAUCAUCAACGAUCAAGAAAGUUAAGAUGCUAUCACUCUCCACCUGCUGUCUGUCGGUCUCCCUGGGACCCGUCAUCACCUUCAUGACGUCAACAGAUUCGAACGUGAUCCUCAAGGGUGCGGUUGCAUCAUCCGUGAUCUUCUUCAGCGCCUCGACCACCGCGGCGCUGCACUGGUUCGUGAGCCCUUACAUUCACAGGCUGAGGUGGCAGCCUGGUUCCGACAGCUUUGAGGUGGACAAGAUGUCCUGGCUGGCCACGUUUGCCAAGGAGACCAUCCGAUUUGCAGACAUCCGUGUGGCGGAGACCAACCGACCCUUUGUGUCCUUCAUGGCCAAUGGUAAGUUUUACUUCGUGGACAAAGAGCACUGCCACAACAAAGCAUUGCUUGCCAGACUUACCCCGCAGACGCGGGAAUCAGCAUUCAAGAACUUGUGAUUGGAGAAGGGGCCGAACCAUCCUUGCAAUAUGUACCAGAGAGCUUAAUUCCUCUUAUCUGGUCUCGACACUUGAUCCUACCCGAUUUAAGCUUGGGUUUAUGACUAGCUUAAAACUGUUUCAGGUAGAAGGGAGUUUAGAUAAUAAUUUUAUGCAGUCGAAUCCCAUCGAGUUGCUGAAGUUUUGCUGGCGGUGAAGAAUAUUUGUUCGAAGAUCUUUCAUGUUUGAAAUUGCAAGAGUUAUCGCAGUAUUAUGUACACAAGUCCAGAAUCCUCACUUUAUAGUUUAUACAGAAAGUGCUAUUUCUCAUACAA